AUGCCACCUAAGAAAGCAAAGGCCAAAGCUAAGAGCAAGCCGGGGGGCAAGGCCGCGCCGGUGGCGGACGAGGCGGCUGCCACGCCCGCUGCCGAGAGCGAGGCGCCCGUGGUGAAGGAGCCCGCCAAAAAGGCUAGCCCUCCGGCGGCGGGUGAAGGCAAGGUGAAGAAGGCAAAGGCUUCGGGCGAGAAAAAGAAGAAGGCCUCUUCUAAGUCCAAGGAGGGUAAGACCGGUUCGGGAGAAGAGGCAAAAGGCAAAUCGCCGGCUAAAGUCAAGUCCGGCGAGGCCAAGGUGAAGAAGAAGGGCAGCGGUGAGAAGAAGGCCAAGGGUGAGAAGAAGGCCAAGGGCGAAAAGAAAGCCAAGACCAGCGGAGAGAAGAAGGCCAAGGGCGAGAAGAAAGCCAAAACUAGCGGCGAGAAGAAGAAGAAGACUAGCGGCGAGAAGAAGAAGACCAGCGGUGAAAAGAAGAAGACCAGCGGUGAAAAGAAAAAGACCAGCGGUGAGAAAAAGACUAGUGGUGAAGGCGGUGUCUCUUCCAAGGCCGUAGUGAAGUCGACCAAGAAAAAGUCCAAGGCCAAAUCAGGCGAAAAAGCCGGUAAAGCCAAAUCGGGUGAGAAGGUCGCCAAAGCCAAGUCGGGAGAGAAGGCCGCCAAAGCUAAGUCUGGAGAAAAGGUGGCCAAGAAAGGUGGCAAAAAGGGCGGCAAGGGCAAAAGCAAGGAGGGGGCCAAAGGCAAGGGGGCCAAAAAGGGCAAGGCCAAGGCUGGCUCCGCCGAGGGAGAAGCCAAGGGAAAGGCGAAAGCCAAGAAGGGAGGCAAGAAAGCCAAGGCGCCCGACGAAGCUGCCGCCAAGGCCGGCGCUGAAGGCGAGGUCGCCAAAACCGCUGAAGGAAAGGCUGCCAAAGGCAAGGUAAAGAGCAAGGAAGGAGGAAAGGGCAAGACAAAGGGCAAGGGCAAGUCCAAGGAAGGCAAGGCCAGCAAGGAAGGCAAGGCCAGCAAAGAAGGCAAGGCCAGCAAAGAAGGCAAGGCCGGAAAGGAAGGCAAGGCUGGAAAGGAAGGCAAAGGUGGCAAGACCGGGAAGGAGGGCAAAGUCAGCAGCAAGGAGGGCGCCAAGGCCGGGAAGGAGGGCAAGGUGAGCAGCAAGGAGGGCGCCAAGGCUGGGAAGGUCAGCAGCAAGGAAGGCGCGAAGGGUGGGAAGGUGAGCAGCAAGGAAGGCGCCAAGGCCGGGAAGGAGGGAAAGGUGAGUAGCAAGGAGGGCGCCAAGGCCAAGACCGAAGCCAAGGCCAAGGAGGGCGCCGUCAAAGCCAAGGAGGGCAGCAGCGGCGAGAGUGUGGGCAAGAAGGUCAGCAAGGCCAAGGUGACUGGCCCGCCGGGCGCAGCCACUUCGUCUCAGGAGAGUGCGCUGGCGAAGGUGAAGGAGGCGCUUCCGAAGGGGAAGGAGUUGGCGAAGGAGACGAAUGUGGACGUGCAGGAGGAGGUGGUGAUGAAAGACGGGAAGAAGGUCACGGUCAAGACCACGACCACAACGACCAAGACGUUAGUAAAGAUCCCUGUGGCGGGAAAGGACGGGGCCAAGGAAGGAGGCAAGUCCCCACCGGCGACCAAGGAGGGUGCGUCCAUGUCUCCGGCCAAGUUGGCAGACGCUGCUGGGAAGACUGCGGGCGCGGUAGGCGCGAAGUCGCCCGAGGGGGCCAAGUCGCCUGAAGCCGCCAAGUCGCCCGAGGGGGCCAAGGCAGCCGAGGGGGCGAAGGCGGGCGAGUCGCCGAAGCAGGUGUCGCCUCGGGCCUCGGGCGAGAUCACGGAGGUGGAGCCCCCGGCGGGCGGCGCUCCUAUGGAGGGCAAGAAGAAGAUCGCCGUGCGUGUGAUCAAGAAGAAAAUGCCGGACGGGACCAUCCAGGUAGUGCGACGAGAAAAGGUGGAGGUAGACGAGGUGACCGGCGAGACGCGGGUCAUAUCGUCCGAGGAGGUGGGGUCACCGGCGGCCGCCAAAGCCACGCCAGCGGCUCCGCCGCCGCCAUCUGUUGCGAUCGGUUCCGCCACCUCCGGCACGCCCACGUCCCCGCCCACCACAGACGCGUCGCCACCAGCCCCCGGCCUGCCCCCCGGCUUCGUCAUUCCUCCCAAUGCCGCCGACAUUCCGUGCCCGUACCACCACACCUGUAUGGUGAGCAACACCGUCCAGCAAACCACAACCACCGUCACGACUGGCCAAGAAGCUCAGCCGCCGAAGCCAAAGAUGACCAAAGCGGAGUGGCGCGCGUACAAAGCCGCCAAGGACAAGUACCGAGCGGAAGAAACAGAACGAAUCAAAAAGCAAAAGGCGUACCUCACCGUUCGGAACAGGAAAGGCAAGAAACUCCUCAACACACCGGCCGCGAACUAUGUCUGCGGCGGCUGCGCCCACCUGUUCAUUCCAGACGAUCAUGAUAUCCCAGCCUGUCCUGUGUGUCGACGAAUAUCCUUCGAUGACAUUCCGUUGCUGAUGUAA